CACAUCACUGUCAUUGCAACUAUCUCCACCUCGGACGCUCCUGUCCCUCCCUUCAUCAUCUACCCAGGAAUGAAUCUAAUGCAAGAUUGGACCAAAGUCCGUGACCCUACUCCUAAUCAACUUGCAACUGUCACCGAUACCGGCUACAUCAACACGUACACAAUGCAGAGAUGGCUGAAGGAGUGCUUUGAUCCAUCUACUCGGGAUCGGGCAGAAGGGCCACCUCGACUCCUGAUACUUGAUGGUCAUGAAACCCAUACCAAUAUCGACUUUCUAGACGCUUGCUGGGAGAGAAACAUUAUCUGCCUCAUUCUUCCUGCUCAUCUAUCUGGUGUCUUUCAGCCCCUUGAUGUCAACUUCUUUAAUGAUCUCAAGCUCAAGUACUAUGAGGAGAUUAGUGAUUAUCAACUUGGAUCGGAAUCGAAUGGUGUUGGAAAGCCCUUUUUCUAUCGAUGGCAUCAGAGAGCCUGGAGCAAGACCGCUACAAGUCGACAGAUCCGCUCUGCUUGGGCUGAGUCCCAUCUGUACCCAAUUGGCCGAGUCUAUCAUGCGCUACAAGAGAAUCAUCAGAUUACCCCUCCCCCCCCUGAAAAUCAAAAUCCGCUCAUUCCCACCACACCAACCACAAUGACCAGCCUCUCGGAGUUGGAUCAGAUGAUCCAGCGUGGUGAAAUUACCCCCAGGAGUACUUUGAAGAAGACACGGAGUGGAUUGGAGAAGGUGAUGGCUGAGAAGAUCCUGUUGGAAAGGGACAUGUCAUAUCGUCAAGCAGCAGAGGAGUUAGACCGAGAGGCAAGGAGUAAAAAGCGCCAGAGGUAUCCGCAGGGGCAUCUCUUCAGUCUAGAAUACAGGGACAGCCAUGCAGAUGAGCUGGAGGAUCGUCGUGUGGUAGAAACUCAACGGAGAGAGGAACGAAAGCGCACAGGAGGAGGUCGAAGG